GGCGGCUGCGCACACGGGGCGGCCGGUCCCGCCUCCGCCGUUCGGCACAGCAGCACCGCGGACAGCGCCGGUCCCCCCCCCCGCCCGGCUCGGCACGGCCCCGGUGACAGCGCCGCGUCCCCCACCCCCACCCCACCCCGCCCCACGCCCCGCACAGCCCGGCCCGGGCGCACGCCGCGCCAUGGCCACGGAGGUGCACAGCCUGCAGGAGCUGCGGCGCAGUGCAUCCCUGGCCACCAAAGUCUUUGUGCAGCGGGAUUACAGCGACGGGACCACAUGCCAGUUCCAGACAAAGUUCCCCCCUGAGCUGGAGAGCCGGAUCGAGCGGCAGCUCUUUGAGGAAACCGUGAAAACCCUUAAUGGCUUCUACGCCGAAGCAGAGAAGAUUGGGGGCAGCUCAUACCUGGAGGGGUGCCUGGCCUGUGCCACAGCCUAUUUCAUCUUCCUCUGCAUGGAGACGCACUACGAGAAGGUCCUGAAGAAGAUCUCCAAGUACAUCCAGGAGCAGAAUGAGAAGAUCUAUGCGCCGCGGGGGCUGCUGCUCACUGACCCCCUGGAGCGUGGCAUGAGGGUCAUCGAGAUCUCCAUCUACGAGGACCGGUGCAGCAGCGGCAGCUCCAGCAGCGGCAGCUCCAGCAGCAGCAGCGGUGGAGGGGGUGGUGGGGCGGGGGGCCGGUGACUGGCAGGGAGUCCCUGCAGGGACUCGUACUGCCGGGACAGUGGCCUCUCCGAGCUCCGCAGGCUGCACUACCAGAGCACCCGCUUCUGAGCCCAGGGUGGACG